AUGGAAGAACUCUUCCGUGACACGAUAUUCGGCCACUUCCUGCGCAUCAUCACCAACAAGAGAAUCCUCAAGUAUCCCGAAGAGAAGGACCCGCAGCUAUGGAAGAGAUACAUCGACCUAGCCAAGUCGACGCAUAUGGCCAACCACGGCCGGACCAGCCCGCCCGACGCAUCCUCGAGUUCUCUCGGCUCAGGCAACACCAGUGACAAGCCUGAAUACAACACGGACGAGACACGCGCCGCGAUAUACGAGGGCCGACACGGCGCGCGGACAAUCGACCCGGAGAAGGGCAAGGACCUCUUCAUCGUCGACUGGUGGGGUCCAGACGAUCCCGAGAACCCAGCCCACUGGCCCCGCUGGAAAAAGAUCCUCGUCACCUUCGAGAUCUGCCUCCUCACCUUCUCCGUCUACAUCGGCUCCGCCAUCUACACGGCCGGCAUCCUCGACGUGACCGCCGUCUUCGGCGUCUCCCAGGUCGCCGCCACCCUGGGGCUGACCCUCUUCGUCCUCGGCUACGCCCUGGGCCCCAUGCUCUGGGCCCCGAUGUCCGAGGUGCCCCAGGUGGGCCGCAACCCGGUCUACGUCUUCACCCUCGCCGCCUUCGUCGCCCUGCAGGUCCCCGUCGCCCUCGCCGCGAAUUUCGGCAUGCUCCUCGCCUUCCGCUUCCUGACGGGCUUCGUCGGCAGCCCCUCCCUCGCCACGGGCGGCGCCUCCAUCGCCGACCUCUACAGCCCCUCCAAGCGCACCUACGGCCUCGCCAUCUGGGGCGUCGGCGCGGUACUGGGACCGACCCUCGGACCGUUGGUCGGCGGUUUCGCCGCCGAGGCCCGCGGCUGGACCUGGACCGCCUGGGAGCUCUGCUGGCUGUCGGGCUUCACCCUCGCCCUGCUGACCCUCCUCCUGCCCGAGACCUCCCCCUCCAACAUCCUCUACCGGCGCACCCGGCGCCUGCGCGAGCUGACCGGCAACGACCGGCUCGUGUGCGAGGCCGAGCUGGCGGGGCGGGACAUGUCCGGGCGCGACGUCGCGGCCCUGGUCCUCGUGCGGCCCUUCGCCCUGCUCCUCACCGAGCCCAUCGUGCUCGCGCUCGACCUCUACAUCGCCCUCGUCUACGGCCUGCUGUACAUCUGGUUCGAGUCCUUCCCCGCCGUCUUCGUCGGCAUCUACGGCUUCUCCCUGGGCACCGAGGGGCUCGCCUUCCUCGGCAUCCUGGCCGGCCUGCUCGUCGUCCUGCCGCCCUUCGUCUGGUACCACCACCGCUACGUCGAGCCCAAGUUCAACGAGGACGGCGAGCUGCAGCCCGAGUGGCGCCUGCCGCCCUCCUUCGUCGGCGCGUUCGCCAUCCCCAUCUGCCUCUUCUGGUUCGGGUGGUCGUCUCGGCCGGAGAUACACUGGAUCAUGCCCAUCAUCGGGACGGCCUGGUUCACGGUCGGGGCGUUCUUGCUGUUCAACUCCGUCUUGAACUACCUCUCCGAUGCGUACCCCGAAUACGUGGCCAGUGUGUUGGCGGGCAAUGAUUUCCUGCGCUCUUCCUUUGGCGCGGCCUUUCCUCUGUUUGCGAGCGCCAUGUAUAAGAACUUGGGUGUUGACUGGGCAAGCUCGACCUUGGGCUUCAUCUCCAUUGCGUUCAUACCAAUCCCCUUCGUACUGUUCCGUUACGGUGUUUGGCUGCGGCGUAAGAGUCGACGCGCGAGACAGGAUCUAUAG